UCUCUUCAUAUCUCAUUGACUUCUUCUAUACCAUAUCUACUUAACGGUUCAAUUUCCCCCAUUCAUGCUGAAAACUUUCAGAAAACCCAGAAGAAAGUAGAGUGUGAUAAUAGACAGAGAGAAAACAUGUUGACCAUAAACGGCGAUCAAAACUAUGAUCGGCUCAAAGAGGUGAAACAGUUUGACGAUUCCAAGGUCGGCGUCAAAGGCCUCGUCGACUCCGGACUCACUUCCAUUCCUCGCUUUUUUCAUCACCCACCCGAAACUCGACCCACCCAACCUACACCCGACUCCACCUCCGCCCCUCGGACCAUUCCCGUCGUCGAUUUCUCACAACCCCGGUCCACCGUCGUUGAUCAGAUCAGACGGGCCUCGUCCUCCCUGGGAUUCUUCCAGAUCAUCAAUCACAGCGUCCCCCAAGGCGCCCUCGACCGCAUGAUCGCCGGCAUCAAAGAUUUCAACGAGCAACCGACGGAGAUAAAGGCGCAGCACUACCACAGAGAGGCGGGCCGCGGCGCAGCGUUCUCCACCAACUUCGACUUGUACCAAUCGAAAGCCGCCAGCUGGAGGGACACGCUUCAGAUAAGGUUGGGGCCCACUCCUCCCGACUACGAUUCCCUUCCGGAGGUCUGCAGGGCGGCGGUGGCGGAGUGGGACCCCGAGAUCAGACGUCUGGGAGAGGAUCUGAUGGGGUUGUUGUCAGAGGGAUUGGGGUUGAGUAAGGACAGGCUGAAGGAACUGUCGUGUUUGGAUGGGAGGGUAAUGGCGGCCCACUAUUACCCGUAUUGUCCUCAGCCUGAUCUGACGGUUGGGCUCACUUCUCAUACAGAUCCAGGGGUGUUGACGAUGGUGCUGCAGAACCAGGUUAGUGGGUUGCAGGUUAAGUACGGUGAGGAUUGGGUUGAUGUUGAACCUGUUUCUGGAGCUCUUGUUAUCAACAUAGGGGAUAUACUUCAGAUCAUAUCCAAUGAAGAAUACAAAAGCGUCGAGCAUCGAGUGUUAGCCAACCCCCAUCUCGACGCGCGUAUCUCUAUUGCAGUUUUCUUCAACCCAGGCGCCAGAGAGAACUUGUUUGGACCAUUGCCAGAGCUUGUAUCACAAGAGAAACCAGCUGUUUACCGCGAAUUUGUAUAUGCAGACUUCAUGGGAAAAUUCUUCACGAAGGAGUUGGAUGGGAAGUCCUUGACUAAUUACUAUAAACUCUGAUACUCAAAAGGGCCCACACUGGAUGAACAAGAAUAUAUUCCAGGUACCAUGUUUGUAUAAUCUGUAAACAAUAAUUUGUGUUUUUGUUCACGAUGGGCAAAAGGGAAAUAAUUAGAUAUACAAACUCUGUAAGAAGUUUAUUUAUUGUCUUCACUCAUAGAAGAAGACCACAGGUUAUAAACUUUGUACUAUACAUUUUAAAUUUCCUGCAGCUUUCUUUGAGCUACUAUAGAUCCUGGAAUUUACUGUAUAAUUUAUGUGUGAUGUAUGCAAUAAGUGAGGUACAUGUUUAGAUGCCUCUUGUUUGAUCUAAUGAAUGAAGAGACCUAGACUAUUCUAUUCA